CACACUCUUAGCUGAAAAAAAUUGUUGGAAACUGUUUUUGUUAAAAUUAAACAUGAAUUAUGAAAAGUAAGGAACUUUCUGAAGCUCAGGAGCUCUUAAAACGUGCAGAAGAACCUCUAAACUUGCUUAUAGCUUAAAGUAAGCACAACUUCUCAGUUUGGAUUGGACCUGCUCUUACGAGGGAUAGGAAAUGAACGUAGCUGGAGGCGGAACUGGGCCCCAAAUGGCAUCCGCGGCCAGCAAUACCGCUAGCAAUGUCACCAACAACUCCCUCCUGGCGGCAACAUCCGGAGCAACCACCAUGCCGAUGGCCCAGCUAGCAGACGGCUGGCUGGAGCUGGAGUCCGAUCCGGGUCUCUUUACCCUUCUGCUGGAGGAUUUUGGCUGUCACGAUGUUCAAGUGGAGGAGGUGUAUGAUCUGCAGAAGCCCAUAGAAAGUCCUUAUGGCUUUAUUUUCCUUUUUCGCUGGAUCGAAGAGCGACGGGCCAGGCGCAAGAUUGUGGAAACCACCGCAGAGAUCUUUGUGAAGGACGAAGAGGCCAUUUCCAGUAUUUUCUUCGCCCAGCAGGUGGUGCCCAAUAGCUGUGCUACUCACGCCCUGCUUUCCGUUCUCCUAAACUGCAAUGAAAACAAUCUGCAACUGGGCGACACCCUUAGUCGCUUGAAGGCCCACACCAAGGGCAUGAGUCCAGAGAACAAGGGUCUGGCCAUUGGCAACACUCCGGAACUGGCAUGCGCCCACAAUUCGCAUGCCAUGCCGCAGGCCCGGCGCCGCCUGGAGCGGACCGGAGCCGGUGUCUCCAGCUGCCGCUUUACCGGCGAGGCAUUUCACUUUGUCAGCUUUGUGCCCAUCAACGGACAGCUGUUCGAGCUGGACGGCCUGAAGCCCUAUCCUAUGAAUCAUGGCGGAUGGGAGGACAACGAGGACUGGACGGAUAAAUUUCGACGUGUGAUGGCAGAGCGCCUGGGAAUCGCCACUGGAGAACAGGAUAUACGCUUUAACCUGAUGGCCGUAGUGCCUGACCGGAGAAUCGCCAUAACUCACAAGCUCAAGAUGCUGCGCACCAAUCAGGCCAUUGUUUCGGGAACCCUACAGAAGCUGCUGAAGGCGGACGAGGCGGGAGAGUCUGGCAACGGCGACUCCCAACGCCCGGACACACCCACCACGCUGCUGGAGCCGAGUGCAUUUACUGCCCGGGAUCUGCAGUCGCUGCUGAAGAACCUGGACACCGAGAUUGCCAUUAACGAGCAGCAUCUGGCCGACGAGAACGACCGACGACACAUGUUCAAGGUGGACGCCAGUCGGCGCACGCACAACUACGACAAGUUCAUCUGCACCUUCCUCUCCAUGCUGGCACACCAAGGUGUCCUGGGCGAGCUGGUUAGUCAGCAUCUACUGCCCUCGAAAAAGGUCAGCGGCCAGGGCGCAGCUAACCGGAUAAAUAAGCAGAGCAAUGUCGCAGCCGCAGGCUCCAAUGCUGGCGGAGCGGGUGGAACAACGCCCAAGACGGCGGCCCAGCAGCAGCAAGCGGCGGCGGCGGCGAAAAAUGGCAAAUCGCCAAACAAAACGCCGGGCAGGAGGCGAAAGGGACGCAACAAGUGCAGGAAACGAAAGUAGACAGCGGCAGGAGCACCCUUUAAGAAUAUAAAACUGCAUUUUUUAGACUUUA